AUGAAUCCAAACAGCACCCAACAAGUCUCAUAUGGUCAACCGGUACCUGGACAAUAUGGGCAACCGCAAACAACCGUCGUUCACGUGCAGAAUCAUUGUGAUGGCGGCAGAGGGGGAGGUGGUGGGCACGGUGGUGUGCGACAGGCGCUUCACGUAGCGCAUUUCAUUCACAAUCCCGCCGGUGCACUCAUUGGAUCAGCUAUCAGGAGAUCUUUACAAGACGAUGAUCACCGUACGGAGAGGAGUAUUCGUCGAGAUGAACGACGAAUGGAAAGAGCUGAAAGGAAACAAGAAAGAGUUUGUGAGAGAAUGCAAAGGAAACAACACAAAUUGGACGCAAGACAUGGAGUGGGUCUCUGUGGUGUUCCAGGAUGUCGUGUUGCCGGUUCACACGUUCAUCAAAUCCCUCAACAGCAGUACCCCUCUCAUCCACAAUAUCCCAUUCAACCCUCAUCCGAGCCAGCUCCUCCAUAUGCACAAAAUCCACAAGAGAUCAAUUACGGUCCACCACCACCAUAUUCUUCUUUGAAUACCGUAUUCCCAGGC